CUUGCUUUUCCAUGUAGUGUGGUAGAUUAUAUAUUUUCCAAUAUACAUUUCUUUAUUCUUCAAGGAAGAACGUCUUGUCACCCACGCAGCCGCUACCAGGAGCACCACUAUCUAUUCCCUUUCCCUCUUUCUUUUUCUUGUUCACAGCCAAAAACCUCUAAUAUUCCAUGCCAUCAUGAUUUCAUUUUCCAUUUUGAGAUGCAAAAACUUCUCUAAUUAGUGCAACUUCACCUCUACACCUCGUUAACGAGAGCACUAGCAAAAUAAUAUCCAAUUCACUUUCUUUUUUAUUGUUGUUUCUUUUACCAAAUAAAGAAGAGAUCUGGAAGAGUACUACUUGAAUGAACUUUCCCCAUAUAGUUGAGGAUUAAUAAGUAUUUGUGUAGACUUUCUUUAGGGUUUCGUGUAGUUCUCAUCAACUAUUUAGCCACCACAUCUUUGAUUUAGGGUUAUCUUUAUUUUACCAUAUCUUGUUAGAGUAAUUAAUUAAUGGAGAAUAAUUAUAAUAAUCAAGUAGGGGAGAACUCAGGUCAAAGAGGUCACUUCUUUUAUGGAGGUAGUCCAGUUCUUGCUGCACCCCCAAAUUUAUCUAUCUAUGGAGCAAGAACAAGUGGUGGUGAUUGUUAUGAUCCGAUGAUAGUGAAGACUGAAGGUGGAAGCACUUCUCAUCAUCAUCAUCACCAUACAUUCAACUAUCCUUCCAUAAUUCGUCAUCAUCAAACGGUUCAAAAUCAUCAUGAGAGUACUGAGGCUAAUUCUUCUGGUGGUGAAGUACUUGAAGCUUUAAAAGCCAAAAUUAUCGCUCAUCCUCAGUGUUCCAACCUUUUGGAUGCUUACAUGGAUUGUCAAAAGGUGGGAGCACCACCAGAAGUGGUGGCAAGGCUAUCGGCAGUACGGCAAGAAUUCGAGGCAAGGCAACGAGCUUCGUUGACUGACAGAGAUGUUUCCAAGGACCCAGAACUUGAUCAGUUCAUGGAAGCUUAUUUCGACAUGCUAGUGAAGUAUAGAGAGGAGCUAACAAGGCCCUUACAAGAAGCAAUGGAGUUCAUGCGAAAGAUAGAAACUCAGCUUAAUAUGCUUGGUAAUGGUACCGUCCAGAUCUUCAACUCUGAGGACAAAUGCGAGGGCGUUGGAUCAUCAGAAGAGGAUCAGGACAACAGUGGUGGAGAAACUGAACUUCCUGAAAUUGAUCCCCGAGCAGAAGAUCGAGAACUGAAGAACCACUUGCUGAGAAAAUACAGUGGCUACUUAAGUAGUCUCAAACAAGAACUCUCCAAGAAGAAGAAAAAGGGGAAAUUGCCCAAAGAUGCACGCCAGAAGCUGCUCACUUGGUGGGAGUUGCACUACAAAUGGCCAUACCCUUCGGAAUCAGAGAAGGUGGCAUUGGCAGAGUCAACAGGUUUGGACCAAAAACAAAUAAAUAACUGGUUCAUUAACCAAAGGAAAAGACACUGGAAACCUUCAGAAGACAUGCAGUUUAUGGUGAUGGAUGGUCUUCAUCCGCAGAGUGCUGCGGCUCUUUAUAUGGAAGGUCACUUCAUGGGUGAAGGUCCUUUUCGUUUGGGUCAGUAAUCGAUAAAUUAAACUCUUUAUGGGUAAAAAUCAUCUUUGAGUAAUUGGAUAUGUUAAACAUCCUUCGAGAUUUUGCAGGAUUUCCCAUAUGGAAAUCUUCAUUAUAAGGUGAAGUAUUAAUAGGUUAAUAUAGGGUGUUUAAUUAUUCGAUGGUUUUUUAGCUGUAGUAUGUUUGUAACCUUGUAGGCCUAAGCAAGGGUAUUUAUUGCUUGUUCAAUUGUAUAUGCAGAGAAUACUUUGUAUUUAGUACUGUAAUAUUAGUGAACCAAACUCAGGUGUUUUACUA